GAUUGCCAGUACAUCAUCAACUCCAGUUUCUGUGGCCUUCAUUGGUAAACGCUUGGGGAGUGCUGCCUGCGGUUGGUUGUCAGUUUGCUUGCGAGCUGCAGUGUACCGCUGUGUGGGAGGUGAUAGCUGACAGCAGCAGUACCCCGCGAGCUGCCAAGCCAUGUCGGUGCAGGCAACGGUGGAACAGCAGGUUGCCCAGCUGGGAACGAACCCGGCCAUGCUGGAGCAGCUUCUGAUGGAGAUGUUUGUGCCAGACACCGCUCAGAUCAAGAGGGCGGAAGGCCUGCUGAAGAAGUACACGAAGGAGCCGGUCUGCGUGCCCCCGUUGCUGCAGCAGAUGCGCUCCUCCCAGCACGAGCAGGCCAGGCAGCUGGCGGCGAUGCUCCUCAAGAAGAAGAUUGUCCAACAUUGGAAGACCUUCAAUGACGCGGAGAAGGCGGUGGGCACAGACCCUUCGCGAUUGGUCCGAAUCUCCGUAGCUUCGCUGAUCGCGAAGCUCGCCAAGACGCUGUUCGCGACCCCUCAGGGGUGGCAAGAGCUCUUGGAUCUGGUGGGGCAGUGCGCGCAGCACGCCCAGUCGGAGGACCACCGGGAGCUCGCGUUCGUGAUUUUGUUCGAGCUGACGGAGACAGUGGGUGACGUGCUGACUGCGCAAUUCGACGUUCUCCAGGGGCUCUUUCUGCAGGCCCUCCAGGACCCCAGUCCGAAGGUGCAGGUCUCAGCGCUGAAGGCGUGCUCGGCUCUACUAGCGUACCUGUCCAUGGAUGACGCGGGCAUGAAGUUUCGCUCUCUCGUACAGCCCUGCCUGCAGGUGGCGAAAGGGUGCUUGCUGAGGGGGGACGAUCAGACGGUGGCGGUAACUCUCGAGGUUUUCGCGGACCUGUGCAGCAGCCCUCUGCCGCUGGUCAACGCGCACGCUGAUGAGAUUAUUGACUUCCUGCUGCAUAUUCUUGGGGACGCGGAAACGGAUGUGAACCUGAAGGAUUCUUCGGCGCUGGUCCUGACGCAGCUGGCCGAGGCGAAGCCUAAGCUGGUCGUCAAGACCAACAAGGUGCCGCAGAUCCUCCAGGUGUUGAUGAAUCUCAUCGCCAAGUACAAGGGCUCCGCGGCGAACUCGUUGUUCAACUACCAGGCGCUGGACGACGACGACGACGACGACGACGACUACGACGGCCCAAAUCCCCAGUCGAUCGCGCAAGCCUGCCUGGACUCGAUGGCCCUCCAGCUGCCUACCAAACACACGUUCGCUCCGCUCAUGGACCUGUGCAACUCGUUCCUCGGAAGCCCCGAGCCGCAUAUGCGCAAGGCGGCCGUGGCGUCACUUGGGGUGAUGUCGGAGGGGUGCGCCGAGCCCAUCAAGGCGCGCCUACCGGACAUCCUGCCCAAGAUCCUUCAGCUGGCGCUGGACGAGAGCCCCCACAUCCGCGAGUGCUCGUGCUUCUGCCUGGGCCAGUUCGCGGAGCACUGCCAGCCCGAGAUCUUGGACCACGCGGAGGAGGUGCUGCCGAUCGUGUUUCGCCUGCUCGACGACGCCACCGACAACGUCAAGGGCGUGUCCUGCUACGUGCUGGAGAUGUUUACGGAGAACUUGGAGCCGGAGACCGUGAUGCCCUUCCUGGAGCCGCUCAUGACUCGCCUCGUGCAGAUGCUGCAGACGCCCAAGAGGGGCGUGAAGGAGAUGUCCGUUGCUGCGAUCGCGGCCACCGCGGUGUCUGCGGGACAGAGCUUUCUACCCUACAUGGCGCCGACUUGCGCCGUGCUCGGACCGUUCAUGACGUUGCAAGAGGAGAAAAUGCUAAGCCUCCGAGGCAGAGCGUUGGAGUGCAUGGGGCACGUGGCCAUCGCCGUGGGAAAGGAGAACUUCAAGCCCUACGUCGAGCCCUGCAUUGCCCAAGCCGAGCAGGGUCUGCAGUUCAACUGCACCGAGCUUCACGAGUACAGCUACACGUUCUUCGCGAACCUGGCCAAGGUCCUGGAGGAGGACAUGAGCGUCCACGUCGCCAGGCUGGCGCCGCACCUGCUCAAGGAGAUUCAGGAAUCCGACGGUACCGGUCUGGACGAUAUGGGGUCGGAUGACGACGAAGAUGACGCUUUCGUAGACGCGGACGACGACGACGGGGAGGAGUUCACGGGGGCGUACUCAAACAUCCGAACGUCGGUUUUGGACAAGAAGAAGGCGGCACUGGUCGCCCUCGGAUCCUUGGCUGAGCACGCACCCCUGGCCUUCUACCCCAACCUGCCUCUGGCUAUGGAGACCCUGGACAAUCAGGUGGACUACUGGCACGGGGAAGUGCGGGCGGCGGUCUGCUCGUGCUUGGAGUGGAUGGUGCACGUUGCUAACACGGUGUUCCCCCCGGAGCAAGAGUGGCAGAAGGGGCAGGCCACACCGCUGUCGCAGGUGACGGGCGGCGUGUGCGCCAAGGUCGUGGAGCUGCUGCUGCAGUUCAUGGCGGACGACCACGAGGCCCAGGUGGUGGCGGUGGCGUGCCAGGGCCUGAAGGGGGUAGUGGAACUGGUGGGGCCUGCGGCGAUCUCGAGCAACAUGAGGGAGGUCAUGAACGUCACCAACAAUCUCCUCAUGGAGAAGGGAAACUGCUUUGGGCAGUUGUUUGAGGACGGGGGAGGGGGAGAGGACGACGAAGAGGACGACGACGAGGACACCGCGGACGGCAACGUUGCCUACGCAGCGUGCGACCUCGUCGGAGCGUUCGCGAAGGUGAUCGGCCCAUCGUUCGCCGAGUCCUUCGAUGUCUUCCUGCCGAAUAUUCUCAAGUACACCAAGGGGUCGAGACCGGCCUCGGACAGGUCGAUGGCGGUGGGCUGCUUCGCUGAAGUUUUCGAGUCCAUUGGCCCAGCUUGCGCUAAAUACGUUGGUCAAGUGCUACCCAUAAUCAAGCUUAGCUUGGUGGACUCCAGCGCGGGGGUGCGACGGAACGCCGCAUUCUGCGCAGGGACGUUGGCUCAGGGGGGAGGGGAGGUAAUCGUGCCGUACUACCCCGAGCUUCUUCAAGCCUUGCAUCCCCUCUUCGCGCUGACGAGCAAGGGCACGGAGGGGGGCGUGGUGGACAACGCGGCAGCCGCGGUGGCGAGGAUGAUCAUGGCGGCGCCGGCGGCGUUGCCGAUGGACCAGGUGCUCCCGGUGUUCCUGUCCGCGCUGCCGCUCAAGUCGGACCGCAGCGAGAACGAGACGGUGUACACGUGCUUGCUUGGGCUGAUCCACCUGCGUCACCCGGAGGCGCUGCGGUUGCUGGACCCCAUCAUGGCGGUGGUGGCUCAGGCGCUAACACCAGCGGCCAAGGUGCAGGAGGAGAUCCAGGACACCUUAGUCAAGGGGAUCCAGGCUGCGGCGGGGGACCUCGGCGAGCCUUUGAAUGCGGCCAUCGAAAAGCUUCCGGAAGACCUCAAGCAGGGGCUAUUGCAACGCCUCAACGCGCAAUAACAGAAGAUGCUAUCAUAGGCGAGCCAGGUGGGCAGUAGUGCGAUGACCGGAGCAGGCUUUUCCCCUGUCUUUGGUGAGUACGCUGGUACCUGUUGCUGCCCUCGUCGAUGCCUGCUGCUGCUCCUGCCCGAUAGAGGGUUUGUGCCGAAGAAACGGUGCGCACCAGACAGGGCGCAGAUAUUGUAAUCCUGUUGUGUGCCUGGGAUCUCUGUACGCGUUCGUUCUACUGACUUCGUCGUCGAUUGUUGUUAGCUUUGAACGCCAUGGGAUUAGCGCCCAGCUGAGGUAUGGCUGGGGAGAGGGCAGGGGAGAGCUAUGGGUGGGUCUUUUGGGGGGAGUGUGCGUGUGGAUACAAACCUAAGACAGACGUUGAUGUUUCUCCAGCUUGUCAGUUUGUUGGCCACCAGACGGGACCAGUUUUACCCAAUGUGUGAUAGAGGGAAUGGUCCUCGACCCGUAUGUAGGGGAUCUUUCCACAUUACCUCCUCCCUUUUUUGAGUCCUUCGGGUUGCUAAGCAGGCAAGAAGGCUUCUAGGGGCAGUGGCCGGAAUCCGACGGACUAGCGGCGUGUCGAUUCACUUCUUCACAAUGUUUUUGCGUGAUUUCAUGGGUUCAGUACGUCCGCCACGUUAAUUGCAUGCUCCACGAGUUCGAAGUUUGUUUUUGCUCCCCCACCGAUUUUUCCCUCCUUUGUUGGGAGAAAAAACGUGUGGCGGGUGGCGGAUCUGUACCCGGGUUCUCUCUUCCACCAAAAGCUGGCAUGUCAUCGCGAACGACAAUGUGAACAGAGGGGAUCGUCUUCGCAGACGUUUGAAGAUUGUACCCUUUCAUGAAGCGGAUCUCCACGAUCGGCGGGAAAACUGGGAUGUGAAGUAGAGGCAGGCACGCGAAGUGUGGGUAGGUGUCCCUGGUCGAGAUCGUGUGAAUGACGAUCGAGGCGGCUAAAGUACAAGCUUCUUUAACCCCUUUGGGUCUGGCUCUUUUCUUAUUUUCGGCAAAAAAUAAUUGGGAGGAGAGAAUGCGAGAGAGAGACAGAAGUUGCAGAAAGAAACUUGUACUUCUGUAGACGGAACAGCUAUCUCCACCCAUAGGCCAUGAGGGCUGCCCGCGACAGGACGGUGGGCACAUACAGGGUCAUGGAAGGGUAAAUGUGUGGUAGCGGUGCGGCCGCUAGGGCAGGUAAGGCUUGUAGACCUCGAAAAUAUCAGUCGUCAAGCAGCCUAAACUAGUCUAUUUUCAAUAUAUUCAAAUGAUCAGUGAGAGGGCUUGUAGACCCACAGCUGGUUCUUGUACUUCUGUACUUCUCUGUCCCCUCCUCAAUAUGAGCCUGCCGGCUCACUACAGCUCCUGUGAUUUUCCCAAUUCCCACAAGCACGUAGACACACCACAGCACACACCUUUGCAUCAGUGGCUCUCUAGGUUGGCGCGAGGCUAUGUGUAGGGCUAUGAUGAUAGUGUAUGUGUUACUACUGUAUGUUGGACUCGUCUAUAUUGCUGCUGCUGUACGGUAUAGCUGCUGACACGAUGACUGCUAGAUCUUGGGAGCGUACGAUUUUCAAAUUUGGAGGAUAUGCAGCAUACGACAUCAUAUUUUGGCCUGGUUGGGCUUGAACUGCCCCUAUCGCUGUCAUCCUGUCUUUCCUUAAGUGGCUUCCUAGAUUCGGGCGAGGGCAUGUAUGUGGAGCUAUUGAUGUGUGCCUCUGUGAAAGGAUAUGGCGAGAGAUUCAUGGUGGCAUUUGCAUGUAGAGCAGUGUACAUUUUUCGAAUUUUGGCCGUUCCAGGGACUUGAUGUUACCCGCUGGCACUGCUGUGACGUUUUUGCAUUGGUCACCGGGUAGCGCGGUCGAUGCGAAUAAUAAAGACACCUACCGGUUGACUUGCCAACACCUGGCGUGGAGGGAUACAGGGCAACGACUCCACGGCAUGCCACGACACCAUCAUUUGCAAGUGAUUAAUCAAUGAUCAAUCAGGACGCCUGUAGACCCA